UCCGGUGCGGACCGGAAGGGGCGCCGCCAUGGCGGCCGGGAGCUCUCGGGGCUGAUGCCACCAUGGCCACCAGCCGCUCGGAGGACGAGGAGUCCCUGGCGGGGCCCAAGCGGGGCCCGGCCACCCCCGUGGGGACUGUCCCCAAACGGCGCAGCUCCUCCAGGUUCAUCAAGCGGCGCAAGUUCGACGAUGAGCUGGUCGAGUCCAGCCUGGCCAAGUCCUCGCGGGCCAAGGGGGGUCCCGAGCUCCCCCCCAGGCCCGCGGGGGCCGCGGGGCCGGCGGGGGGGGGAGGGGCGGCCACCGAGCCCCCCCCGGGAGAGAGGAAAAAGGUGUCCCGGGCCGUGCCCCCCCCGGCCCCCCCCGGGCCCGGCCCCCCCCCGGCGCUGCCCAAGAGGCUCAAGAAGAGCAAACCCAGCCCGGCCCCCCGCGACCUGGGCAGGUGGAAACCCGCGGAUGAUCUGCUGCUCAUCAACGCCGUGCUGCAGACCAACGACCUGACCUCGGUGCACCUGGGGGUGAAGUUCAGCUGCCGCUUCACCCUGCGCGAGAUCCAGGAGCGCUGGUACUCGCUGCUCUACGACCCCGUCAUCUGCAAGCUCUCGUGCCAGGCCAUGCGCCAGCUGCACCCCGAGGCCGUGGCCGCCAUCCAGAGCAAGGUCCUGUUCAGCAAGGCCGAGGAGCAGCUGCUGACCCGCGUGCCGUCGAGCCCUGUGCCCUCGCUGGACACCUUCCAGGAGCUGCUGCAGCGCCACCCCGCCGUGUUUUACCCUGCCAGGACCCCCAAGGCCCUGCAGCUGCACUGGCAGCUCCUGCGCCAGUACCACCUGCUGCAGGACCAGACAGUGCAGCCCCUCCCCAAGGGGGAUCAGGUCCUGAAUUUCUCCGACGCCGAGGAGCUGCUGGACGACGGCAAACUCAGGGACGUGCGGGACGAGGUCCUGGAGCACGAGCUGACCGUGGCUGACCGGCGGCAGAAGCGCGAGAUCCGGCAGCUGGAGCAGGAGCUGCACCGCUGGCAGGUGCUGGUGGAUUCCAUCACAGGGAUGAGCUCCCCGGAUUUCGACAGUCAGACUCUGGCCGUGCUGCGGGGUCGGAUGGUUCGGUACCUGAUGCGCUCCCGCGAGAUCACCCUGGGCAGAGCCACCAAGGACAACCAGAUCGACGUGGACCUGGCUCUGGAGGGCCCGGCCUGGAAGAUCUCCCGCAAGCAGGGGGUGAUCAAGCUGAAGAACAACGGGGAAUUCUUCAUCGCCAACGAGGGCCGGCGGCCGAUCUUCAUCGACGGCCGCCCCGUGCUGGGGGGCAGCAAAUGGAAACUCAGCAACAACUCCGUGGUCGAGAUCGCCAGUCUCCGCUUCGUGUUCCUGAUCAAUCACGAGCUGAUCGCCAUGAUCCGCAGCGAGGCCGCGCGCCUCGGCCACCAGUGACACCAGUACGGACCAGUACGGACCAGUACGGGACUGGGAGCCCACCAGUAACACCAGUACGGGACUGGGAGCCCACCAGUGACACCAGUAUGGGACUGGGAUUGUCCCAGUGACACCAGUACGGGACUGGGAGCCUCCCAGUGACACCAGUAUGGCACCAGUAUGGCACUGGGACCAUCCCAGUGACACCAGUGUGGGACUGGGAUGGUCCCAGUAACACCAGGGACACCAGUAUGGCACCAGUGACACCAGUAUGGCACUGGGAGCCAACCAGUGACACCAGUAUGGGACUGGGAGCCUCCCAGUAACACCAGUGGGGGACUGGGAUUGUCCCAGUGACACCAGUGUCACCAGUAUGGCACCAGUGACACCAGUAUGGGACUGGGACCAUCCCAGUUUUGGACUGGGAUCCUCCCAGUAACACCAGUGUGGGACUGGAACUGUCCCAGUGCCACCAGUUUGAGAUUGGGAUCAUCCCAGUGCUCCCAGUAUGGGACUGGGAUCCUCCCAGUAACACCAGUAUGGGACUGGGAUUGUCCCAGUAGCACCAGUUUGGAACUAGGACUGUCCCAAUCCUCCCAGUUUGGGACUGGGGUCCUCCCAGUGCUCCCAGUAUGGGACUGGGAUUGUCCCAGUAACACCAGUUUGAGAUUGGGAUCACCCCAGUGAUACCAGUAUGGGACUGGGACCCUCCCAUUGCUCCCAGUUUGGGGCUGGAACUGUCCCUGUGACCUCCCAGUAACACCAGUAUGGGACUGGGAUUGUCCCAGUGACACCAGUGUGGGACAAGAACCCUCCCAGUAGCACCAGUUUGGGACUGGGAUUGUCCCAGUGCUCCCAGUUUGGGACUGGGAUUGUCCCAGUGCUCCCAGUUUGGGGCUGGGACCCUCCCAGUUUGGGACUGGGAUUGUCCCAGUGCUCCCAGUUUGGGGCUGGGACCCU